AGAUGCUGAAACCAGGGACUUUGUAACAACACUUGUCAGUAACUGCAACUAGUUAAGAUGAAGUUAGUCCUUUUCGCUACCCUUCUAGCCUGCUCUUACGCCGCUCCUCAGCGGAUGCCACGGCUGCCGCUGGAUGUAAUCUUAAAAGGUCGGAUGCAAAGACCAUUCUCUUUUGGUAGGAUUCUCGGUGGAACUGAAGUGGCCCCCAACUCGUUGCCCUUUCAAGUUUCAUUGCAGCGACGAGGUGUCAACGGUAUUUACUCACAAGUGGGCGGUGGAUCUAUCCUAGAUGAAACCACAAUUCUGAACGCUGCUCAUGGGGUUGUCGGAAUCAUGAGCUUUGCCGAUUUCCGUAUUGUUGCCGGUGAGCACAGUCUGUCCGUCGAUAGCGGCCUCGAACAGAUUCGCCAAGUGUCGGCCAUUCUACCACACCCUGGGUUUGAUGAUAUCACUUAUGAAGAUGACAUAUCCCUUAUUUUCCUGGCCGAGCCUCUGGACCUCACUGUUGCCUCUGCCAAGCCAGUCACCUUACCACCCCCAACUUCUGAAUUAGACCCUCCUGCUGGUUUAAUGGUUACCGUUUCUGGGUGGGGAACUACGACAGCUGAUGGAAGUAUUUCGGACGUCCUUCGCAGCGUUGAUGUUCCAGUCAUUCCCGACACUGAUUGCGAUCUUGCUUACGGUGGAAAUGAAAAUUACAUCGCUGUCUUUCCUUCCAUGAUGUGCGCCGGUGAAACAGUCAAUAGUCGUAUUAACUAUUGCCCAGGUGAUUCUGGAGGACCACUUUUCACUGGAACCGGUGCUGAUGCUGUUCAACACGGAAUCAUUUCAUGGGGACAGGCUUGCACUUACUCCCAAUUCCCAGGUGUUUACACUCAAGUCUCUUACUACCUCGACUGGAUUGCCGCUAACAGACGCUAAACCUGUUGUGUAUUCCAUACAUUUUGCCUGAAUACAAAAGUCUGCUAA